AUGGAAUAUUACGAUAACUUAGAAAAUAUUUAAAAGUAAUUAACUGAUAACUUAUCAAACAAAUGUCUUAGAGUAGAGUUAAGCCCUUAUUUAACUGAGCCACAGUUGAAUAAUUUUAAAUUUUUAAUGAAAGAUUUAGAGUAUGAUUCACUAUUUAUAACAAGCUGGGAAUAAAAUAUCUGGAAAAAAGAAGGAUUUACAAAAUUAUCUAACUUUUAUUCUGAUUUGUGCCAUUUAAAAAAGUUUGGGUUAAAAAUCUUUGUUAAUGAUCUGAAUCCAGUUGGAUCUGAAAUUUUAGCUUAAGGAUUAUCUAACUUAAAUAAUAUAUAAGAAUUAACUUUAGAUCUAACAUCAUGCCCAGUUUAAGAUUAAGGACUGAAUUACUUUUUGGAAGCUAUCAGCUAGCUAGAUAAAUUACAAAGCAUAAGUCUAUUAUUAGAUGAAAUUAAGAUUGGGAAAAAUGGUAUUGAAGGCAUAUUUAACACUAUACAAAAAAAUAUUUGCCUAAAAAAAUUAGAAAUAAGUUUUGAUACUAAUACAACCAGCAAAUUUUAUUAAGAAAUAUCAAAUGGUUUAUAAAAGUUGAUUGGCCUAGAAAAGUUAAUAAUAUAGGUUAAGGCUGAAAAAUAAUCACAAAUUUAUGAAAUUACAAACUCUAUUUAAAUACUUGAAAACCUCAAAUAUUUACUUUUAGAGAUUUAAUCAAAUGAGAAAUUAGUAGAUCUUGACAUUCAAAUCAUAGGAAUGCUAGAUAAGUUGCAAAAUUUAAGCACACUUUAUUUUUAUGUACACUCUUAUAAAAAUAAUCUUCAUAAAAAUAAGCUUUUGAUCUUAAGCUAUCUAAACUAGAGGUAAAAAAUAAUAGAUUUUAAAAUAAAUCAUGAAGAAAAGCAAUAAGAAAAUGUUAAACUAAUUCAAAAAACAAAAAAAAUAAAGCAAUUAGUGUUUGUUGAUUUCUUUGAAUGA